UCCCCGGAAUUCGCCCCAAACUCGCAGGUGACGGGCACAGAGCCGCCCCCGGCGCCGCCCCCGCAGGCGCAGCUGCUGCUGGCGGGGUCCCAGCUGGCGGGGCUGGCGGCGCAGCUUCUGGCCCCGCAGCACUUGGUGGCUCAGGCGCAGCUUCUGGCGGCGGCGGCGGCGGCGGCGCAGCUCCCGCAGGGCCCCCCCGGGACCCCCUCGGGGACCCCCGGGACCCCCGGGACCCCCCCCGGGCCCCCCCCGCUGCCGCUGCCCGGCCCCAUCCAGCUCUCGCCCCAGGAGGUGCAGCAGCUGCUGCAGCUGCAGCAGUUGGUGUUGGUGCCCGGCCCCCCCCUGCAGCCGCCGGCGCAGUUCCUGCUGCAACCCCCGGCCCAGCAGGGCCCCGGGCUGCUGCCCCCCCCCAACCUCUUUCAGCUACCUCAGCACAGCCCGGGGGGGCUCCUGCCCAACCCCCCCCGCGGGGGGCUGCACGCACAGCCCCGGCCGGGGGUCCCCGAGUCCCCGGGGCCGCCCCCGAAGGGCCCCGAGCCCCCCCCGGGUCCCCCCGAGGAGCCGCCGAGUGACCUGGAGGAGCUCGAGCGCUUCGCCCGCGCCUUCAAACAGAGGCGGAUCAAACUGGGCUUCACGCAGGGCGACGUGGGCCUGGCCAUGGGGAAACUCUACGGCAACGACUUCAGCCAAACGACGAUCUCGCGCUUCGAGGCGCUGAACCUCAGCUUCAAAAACAUGUGCAAGCUGAAACCGCUGCUGGAGACCUGGCUGCGGGACGCAGAGUCGAUGUCGCUGGACUCGGCCCUGCCCAGCCCCCCCUCCCUGGGCCCCCCCAGCCUGGGCGGCUUCGAGGGGCUCCCGGGGCGGCGCCGCAAGAAACGGACCAGCAUCGAGACCAACGUGCGCUUCGCGCUGGAGAAAUCCUUCCUGGCGAACCAGAAGCCGACGUCGGAGGAGAUCCUGGGCAUGGCGGAGCAGCUGCACAUGGAGAAGGAGGUGAUCCGCGUCUGGUUCUGCAACCGCCGCCAGAAGGAGAAACGCAUCAACCCCGCCGGGACCCCAAAUCCGCCGGGAUUCGCCCCAAACUUCGGCCUCAGCCCCCCCCGCAACCCAAACCCCAACCCGGCCCCAAAUCCCCCGAAUUUCACCCCAAAUCCGGCCCCAAACCCCCCGAAUUUCACCCCAAAUCCGCCCGGCGGCGCCGCCAAGGCCGGAGCGCUCGGAGCCCACGGGGUGACCCCGCCCGGCCCCGCCCUCGGCCUCCCCCCCCCCGGCAGCCUCAGCACCACAGACCCCACUGACAUGACCCCCGUGACCCCCAUGACCCCGCUGACCCCGUGA